AUGAGCAUCUCGACGGGCGCCACAGAGUGCGCAGUGGUGGCCUUCGGCUGCAACGACGACGGGCAGCUGGGCACGGGUGCCAAGCGCCGGCCGACGCUGGCCAUCGACGACGUGUCGGCCUCCAACUUCCCCAAGCAGCUCGGCGGCUUGCUGGGCGAGGAGAUCGUAGCGGUGUCGUGCGGCUCUCGCCACACGAUGGCGCUCACGGCCUCCGGUGCCGUGUACUCGUGGGGGUGGGGAUCGAUGGGGCAACUGGGCCACGGAGACCUCAAGAGCAUCAAUGUGCCGCAGAAGAUCGCCUUCUUCGAGCAGGAAGGACUGAAGGUGGACUACGUCUCGUGUGGAGGCUGCCAUUCUGCCGCCGUGACCAAUGACGGAACGCUGUACAUGUGGGGCGAGACCCACUGGGGCCAGUUGGGACUGCCGAAGGAAUUCGAGGCGGCGCACGAAUCGUUCCCCGUCAAGUGCCCGCUGCUCGAGGGCGUUGCAGAUGAAUCCGUUGUGAAGGUUAGCUGCGGUGGCACGCACACGGCAGCACUGACCAACUUGGGGCGUGUGUACGUUUGGGGCCGUGGCGACAGCGGUCAGCUGGGUAUUGGCUCGGCGUGGCUGAAGGACACGGACGACAAUGGUCUCCUGGGAGUGAGUCGUCCGCAUCUGGUGGAGGGAUUUAAUGGCGAGAAGGUCGUGCAGGUUGCCUGCGGUGCAUUCCACUCGGCUGCUGUGACCGAACAGGGCCAUGUCUACAUUUGGGGCAAAGAGGACUACGGCAUGCUCGGCGUCGGCCAGACAUCGGACCAGCAGACCCCGAAGCGCGUCGAGUUCUUCGACGAUAUCCCGGCGUUACGUGUGUCUUGCGGAGGCUGGCACACGAUGGUGGUUGCCAAGUCAGGAGACUGCUACGCAUUUGGACGAGGCGAGUAUGGCCGACUGGGUCUUGGCGACACAAAGAGUCGCACGCGACCUCACUUGGUGAAGGCGCUGAAGGGACAGACCGUGAUUCAGGCUGCGUGCGGUGGCUCUCACACCCUGUUUGUCACGAGCGACGGCAUCGCUUACGUCGCCGGACGACCUGACCACGGACGCUUGGGUAUGACGGACAUGAAGCCGCUUUCAGUGCCCACGCGCCUGGACCUCGGCCCCAUUCCGGUUCGGCAGGUUUCCGCCGGUGGCGCGCAUUCGAUGGCUCUGACGCACAGCUCCCGCCCCAUUUUCUCGCCCAUGAUCUCGCCCCUGCCCGCCAGCAAGCCCGUUCCGCACACCGAACUAUGA